AUGAUGGGCUCCGAGAACCAUAGCGUCCAGGACCACCCUCUCUCAGAGCCGCUAGACCACAUGGAAAACCUCGCUCUCCACGAUCACGACGAUGGCAACGACGGUGCAAAAUCCUCGCUCUCCGCCGCUUACAGCAGUGCCUUCACCACGCUAUCUGAAUCGAAUCACCAUCCUCUCUCGUCGCCAAUUGUCUCCACCCCGGCUGACUCUGAUCCCCUCCUUUCCCCGCCUCAGUCCUUCCCAAACCCUUAUUCCCCCGACGCUUCCUCUUACAUCGACCCUCCCUCUUACGCCGAAGCCGUUUUCACGUCAUUUGACGGCGACACUAAUGGCAUCGACCCUCCCUCUCCGCCUCUUUCUCUCUCCAUCUCCCGAUCUCCGUCAUCGAGCUCCGAGUAUUUGAAUAUAACCGUUUCGAACCCAGUCAAGGAGCAAGAAACCUCGAAUUCAAUUGUUCCGGGGAGCAACAGUUACGUGACCUAUUUGAUCACCACGACGACGAACAUUACCGAAUUCGGUGCCCCCGGCGCUGAAUUUGGGGUCCGGCGAAGGUUCCGUGACGUUGUCACCCUUUCGGAUCGGUUGGCGGAGGCGUAUCGCGGGUUUUUCAUUCCACCGCGGCCGGACAAGAGCGUGGUGGAGAGCCAGGUGAUGCAGAAGCAGGAAUUCGUGGAGCAGCGGAGGGUGGCGCUGGAAAAGUACCUGAGGCGGUUGGCGGCGCAUCCGGUGAUCAGGAAGAGCGACGAGUUCAGGGUGUUUUUGCAGGUGCAGGGGAGGUUUCCACUGCCGUCUACGAUCGAUGUGGCGUCGAGGGUGCUCGACGGCGCCGCGAAGCUUCCCAAGCAGUUGUUGGGGGAGACUGUGAUUGCGCCGCAUGAAAUUGUGCAGCCUGCGAGAGGAGGCAGGGAUUUGAUGAGGCUGUUCAAGGAGUUGAGACAGUCCGUGGCCAAUGAUUGGGGAGGUUCCAGGCCUCCCGUUGUGGAAGAGGAUAAGGAUUUUCUUGAAAAGAAGGAAAAAAUUCAUGAGCUUGAGCAGCAAAUUAAUGGUGCAUCUCAACAGGCUGAGUCACUUGUCAAGUCACAGCAGGAUAUGGGAGAGACAAUGGGUGAAUUAGGGCUGGCAUUUAUUAAAUUAACAAAAUUUGAGAAUGAAGAGGCUAUCUUGAACACCCAGAGGAUACGGGCUGCUGACAUGAAAGGUUUAGCAACAGCUGCUGUCAAGGCUAGCAGAUUAUUUCGAGAACUAAAUGCUCAGACUGUGAAGCAUUUGGAUACGCUUCAUGAGUAUCUUGGAUUAAUGUUGGCGGUUCAUAAUGCAUUCUCGGAACGUUCAAGUGCAUUACUGACCGUGCAGACUCUUCUAUCAGAAUUAUCAGCCUUGCAGUCAAGAGUUGAAAAACUUGAGGUGGCCACAUCUAAGAUUUUUGGAGGUGAUAAAUCAAGGGUUCGUAAGUUAGAGGAAUUACAGGAAACUAUAAGAGUCACGGAAGAUGCCAAGAAUAUUGCAAUUAGAGAAUAUGAGCGAAUCAAGGAAAAUAACAGGAGUGAGCUUGAAAGGAUUGAUAAGGAGAGACAGACUGACUUUGUAAACAUGUUAAAAGGAUUUGUAAUUAAUCAGGUGGGAUAUACAGAGAAAAUAGCAAAUGUAUGGACAAAAGUUGUUGAAGAAACCGGCCGAUAUGUGGAUAAAAGCAUCUGA